ACAAACAAAUGCGCAUGAAGUUCAAGAGAAGUCAUGGGGCAGCCCCCAAAAUCUGUAACAUUUUCUAUCUUAUAUAGUCUUUUCCCAAACCAAACUUCAUUUUGUUUUGCUACCACCACCACCUCGUAUCUGUCAUCUGGUAGCUACGUUGGUGGAAAGAACAGGAACAUAAAGAAGAUGAUUUUGAAAGUGUGGAACUGGUACCAGAAUUGCCUUUCUGUUCACCCAGUGAAGACCCAAGUCAUCAGUUCUGCCAUCCUCUGGGGUGUUGGAGACCUCUCUGCUCAGUACAUCACUCACUCUGCUGCAAAAAAACGACUUCAACUAUCUGAUUCAGAUGCUAAAUUUAUGGUCAACUGGAACCGCAUGGCUGUUACAAGUAUGUUUGGAUUUGGUUUUGUUGGACCGGUUGGCCACUUCUGGUAUGAAGGCUUGGACAAAUUUAUAAGGCUUAGGCUUGGACUAAUGCCGAAGUCUGUGCGAUCCGUGGCUACUAAAGUGGCAAUGGAUGGCAUAAUUUUUGGUCCCUUCCAUUUGUUGGUGUUCUUUACUUACAUGGGAUUAUGUGCUGGCAAGAAUCUUCCUCAAGUGAAGGAAGACUUGAAGAGGAAUUAUGUCCCAGCACUGGUUUUGGAAGGUGGCGUGUGGCCAGUUGUGCAGGUUUUUAAUUUUUGGUAUGUUCCUGUGAAGUACCAGCUUCUCUAUGUAAACUUGUUCUGCUUGCUGGAUAGUGCUUUUCUGUCAUGGUUGGAGCAACAGAAGGAUGCACCUUGGAAAAAAUGGUUUCCUUCAUUUCAUUCUACGAAUGAGAAAGGAGGUAAAUGCUGAUGGAACAGAAAAAUUGAUCGAUUAGAGCUUUUUUGAUGUUUUGUAAGUUGUGAUAGAUAAAUAUUUUUGCUAUGUUUAUUGUUGCCCAGAUGAUAUUAUAAAAAUGAUUACGCA